CAAGGCAGAGAAACCAACACACAACCACGCACACACACGUACACACUCACACGCACACGCACUCAGCUCACACAGGAGAGCGCAGAGCGGGAUAAACAGGAGAGAGAGAGAGACUAUCGGAACGCAGCGGCUUGUGUGUGUGUGUGUGUGUGAAUGCGUGUGUGUGUGUACGUAGCUAGGUAGGUACGCGCUCGCUCGGCGGUAGAAACGACUGGCGUGGCGGCGCGGACAUGGAGGGACACGGGAAAAACGCUGGGAAGUGACCGAGCACGGAGGCGACGAGGGGGGGGACAGAGAAGAGAGGGGACGGACGGACGGAUAUACGGAACGGGAAGUAGGAAGAACGGAAGGACGGAAGCAAGGAGGCGAGAAAAGUCUGACAAGAGGAUUUGAAGAGAGUGCAACACAGCAGGAUUCUAAGGAGUGAGCCCUGGGCUGGAUGGGACCCACCAUGCCCCCCAGUAAGAAGGCUCAGAGCCCCAGCAGUGGAGCCAGUGCCUCACAAGGCAUGAGUCCGCCAUACCGACAAGGGGACGCUGCAACCGCAGCAUCAGAGGCGGAGGCGGCCGACCUUUCCCUGUCUUUGUCAGCUUCCUUCUCCAAAGCCGAAGACGAGGAACUCACCAGUCUUUCCUGGCUCCACGAGAGCACUGACCUCCUCAACAGCUUCAGCCACUCCGGGUUGCGUAGCGUUUCUCCCCUGCUGGACCCUGACGGCCAGCACCCCCGCUCGCCUUCUUCCUCAUCGCCAUGCCCGGACGACCCCUUGUUGGGUGAUGCACACUCGGCGUAUGACUUGGCGGCAGGGGCCAACAGAAAACCGCCGUACUCCUUCAGCUGCUUGAUCUUUAUGGCGAUUGAGGAUGCACCAAACAAGCGGCUGCCAGUAAAAGACAUCUACGGCUGGAUCCUGGAGCAUUUUCCCUACUUUGCAAGCGCCCCCACGGGAUGGAAGAACUCAGUGCGCCACAAUCUGUCACUAAACAAGUGCUUCAAGAAGGUGGAUAAAGACCGCAGUCAGAGCAUAGGGAAAGGAUCUUUGUGGUCAAUAGACCCGGAGUACAGACACAACCUGAUCCAGGCGCUGAAGAAAACACCGUACCAUCCCUACUCCACCGGCCUGGCUACUACACCUUCCACCUCUCCGCCCACCCUAUCUCAGACAUUUCACCACAGUCCUCCUUUGUGGUCAGGGAGUCCCCUCUUCAGAAAGAAUGGCGGUGUCCUCCUACAAGUUCCUCGUGGUGUGAUUCAAAACGGCGCCCGAGUAAGGAGCCAGGCACUCUUCCCUGUGAUCCGACCCCUUCCUGUCAGUCCUGUGGGCAGCAGAACUUCUGCGAUCAGAUCAUCCCUAGGAGAUUAUCUAAACAGAGGCCAGGAUAGCCCUUCCUGCUACUCUCCUCCUCCCUGCGGUGAGGACCUCCAGGAAGAUCACACCUACAGCACCGCCAAAUCCCCGACCAGGCUGGGGUCCUCCCAGGCCGCGGCCCCUUCCUCUCCCUUGGACGACGACGACGACAUCAUCGCCGUGGAAAUCCAAUCCGACGUCAAACCCGAGCCCCGGGAGAUCCCGCUGGAUUCCCACGUUACGACCGCCGCCGCCACCUACGUUUCCCAGCAACCCCUGCGCGGACAGAGACGUAGCUCGGGGGCGGGAGCCGGGACGCUGGCGGGAAGCAGCUUUGUGUGGACCAAAAACCGAGCGCGGGGCAUCAGCGACACGCUGCCGCUGAAGAAGCGGCGCGCCAUGGCGACGGCGGUGGAGAAGCCGCCGGAGAGCGACGACGAGGAGAUGAAGGAGGCGGCCGGGUCGCUGCUCCACCUGGCCGGGGUCAGGGCCUGCCUCAACAACAUCACAAAUCGCACCGCCAAGGGCCAGAAGGAGCAGAAAGAGGCCCUGAGAAACUAAAAGACACGUAAUCACACAUACACACGCUCGCACGCCGACAUGCACACACAAGUAGGUCAACAGGUAACACGGUUAGUCUCAACGGACACUUCUCAUCUCCCUCUAUCUAACUGCAGGGCAUUAGGUGAAUCCUACUUAUUUGUGGCAAUAUCAAAAAUCGAUGUUUUCCUACAUGUUCAGCAACACUAAUGGGUACUUCUCAUGUGUCUUCUUCUUGUUUUUGUCAUUUUCAAACAAAAAAAACACACACAAAAAAAAAAAAAAGGGGAUGAAAGCCAUAGUAAAAAGCAUUCGUUUGGACACGUCGGCAAGAGAAGCGAAGCGCGGACGGGAAGAUGGCUGUUUUGUCUUGCGUAUCUCUUUGUGUGCGUGAACCUGUAGCAAUCUCGCGGCGAUGGCGGCAGAGAGCGGCGCGAGCAUCACUCUCCUUCGCAUCCUUACACGAGCACAAAUGUGAGACUGUGCCAAAGAGAAGUGACCAGGUUGCUUCAUGUAGCCAAUACGACAGACAGCUGACAAAAAAAAAAACACAAACAAAAAAAAAAAAAACCCAACCCUGAAGGCUACGGUAGUAAAGCUUGACGAGUGUCAAAAUAAUUGUAAAACCCGAUGUGAUAUAUAAUCAUGCACUUGUUAUUAUUUCACGCCACUUCUAGUGAAGCCACAUGGUUUCUUUCGAGAGCACUCACAGUAUUUAAGAGUAGAUAUAUUCAAAUGAAAAAGACAAAAAAAUCUCAUGUGUAUCACCGUAGAGACGGAUAGCGUGCCGGGGGCGAGGCAAUAUCUCCCUUCAUUUUGUUGUCGGUCGUCGUUGCAUAAUGUAAACGUCCCCCCCCUCCCCCGAACUUUUACCCAGUACUUCCUGUCUCCGGACGCCCGGAGAAGACGUCUACACGGUUUACGUUGGUGUCUGUUCCCUCCUCCUCCUCCCUCCUCCUCCUCCUCCUCACUCGACCCUCAUAAAGAUAUAAGCAAUUUGCCCCCGCGCGGGCAACUCUGUAAAAAGUUAGAAAAUAUUUUAUUUUUUUCCUUUCUUAAUUGAAGCAAUUUGACCUGCAGGACUUUCUCAGUUAUAUUGCAUGGGUGCUUGUAAAUAAGAUACAAAGCAAAUCUUUUUUAUUCAAAGAACAUGUAAGAUAAACGAUGUAUUUAGCAUGAAGCAUGACUUAUUUUCAUAUAAACCUUGAUGAUCCUAGACGAAAGGAAAAACAAGUUUUGCCGCCAAUUCUUAUACCCGUGACUAUAUUGGAUUUUUUGUUUUUGUUUUGUCUUUUUCGUUGUUGGGUUUUUUUCCCCUGCGUUUAUUUGAAUCCUUUCAGGGGUUCUUGAAAGACACGCCUUCAGAGAGCAACGUGGGGACGUCACUCUGCAAAUGGAGGUUUCCGGCUCUGUAAAGGCCGUCUCUUAGGGGUUCUGUCUUCUUCUGCUUGUACAGUGGUUGAGGUGAUCAGUGUUAUUCCACAACACAUCUGUAGUGUGUGUGUGUGUGUGUGUGUGUGUGUGUGUGUGUGUGUGCCCAGGAACACACUGUUUAACAUUGUGCCUGCCUGCCUGCCCCUCAGUACCUCUGUUGUCAUGUCUAAGACAUGUGUGGACACACCUUUCUUGGUUUAACACGACAGUAUUGUUUUGUUUUUUAUCCUCCUGCCUGUGUGUGUGUGUGUGUGUGUGUGUGUGUGUGUGUGUGUGUGUGUGUUCAGUGUAAAUGUACCAAACAGUCGUCGGUGUCCUGAAGCAGCUUACAGCGUGUCCCACAUGACAAGGAUUGUUCGGGAUGUAUUCAGACGAAGUAGAAAACACAAAAAUGUACACUUAAGCCCAAAAUGAGCGGAUGGGUAUUUUUUUUUUCCAUUUGGACACAAAAUUCCGUGUCCAAUCUUUUUCACCAGAAAAUGGAAAUGGUUCAUAUUUGGCAUUGAUGUCACCGACUUUGUCGCGAUGUAUUUUGCGAGCGUUCUUACCCCCCAUAGGUUCCGUUUUCUCAAAAAGCAACCCUAAUUGGACACUUGGAGACGCUAGCAUGAAAGCACGGAUGGCUCUUCACGCUCACAGGCGGCUCCGUCUUGUUUGUGAGCUUUAAAAAAAAAACACACACAUAAAAAGAAGCGAUAGAGGAAAUUUCGGUCGGAUUUCCGAGGUUUUUGCUCACUGUUGUUUCCCUGAGCAUUCGUAAAAAUUCGGCCAUAAGCCUUUAAAUAUAGCUAAAGUUAGCUUAGCAAUUUUUUUUUUUUUUAAAAAGGGUUUUCUUCAUUUUUUUCAAGCUGCCGUGCCACCACUUAACCUCACACUUUAAAAACAGCAGCUCGAGAUUGUGCUUGAACUUACCAGGAUCCUUUAGAACGCUGCAAAACAUCCUUAGAACUUCAUAAAAUCAUCUUUUUUUUUUAAAUCGUGAAUAUUUGGCUAAAGAAAUAAAAAUUCACUGUGAAACCGUGCAGAAUACGAAUCAUUUUGGGCUUAACUGGAUUUUCUGUUGUGAAACAUUUUUGAUUCCUCGGAAAUUAGGGAUGGGCUUCAGACAAAAAUUCCACUGGUUGAGUAUGGUUGGCAUUAACAUUUAAAAACAAAGAAUCUCUCUCGAAAUGUUCUUAACUCCUGUUUCCUUGCCAUUGUUGGUGGAGUUUUUCGAAUGCUCCCAAAUUCCCACAGCUGAAGUCCUGUUUUUCUUCCAUAAAGUAGUUGAGGGUGAGCCAACAGCGCCUCUGCUGGUUACAGCUAAGUACUGCACUCCAAAUGAAAUAAGUUCAAAUGAAUCAAUGAUUAUGCCCGUCCCUAAUUUGCAGUAUUCAUUCAGUAUUGGACGUUGCUAAAGGUAAGCUAUCGCGGCGCUCGCUUUCAAGGCGUGUUAAGGUUAUCUCUUCCAGCUACGAAUGAAAGAACGCUGACUUUCUUUCAUUCUGAAGCGAUUUUUGAUAUUGUGCCACCGCUUGCGCUUUGGCUUUGAACGCCAGAGGACCGUUCUGGAGGCUAUGAAGCGCACGUGCAGCAGGGUAGCAGCUAAGUGACGAGCCAAGUGUCCACACGCAUGUCCCAUCCACACCAGUGCCACCUGUAGCAUGCAUCGCUGGCUUCCUGUCAUUCUCUAUGCUGUCCAUGCUGACGCUAAAAAAGGAGAGUUUUCUUGUGACCCGUCCCUCGUGUGAUACGUGUGUGAGGUCAGGCCCUAUGCUGUAUUUUACAGUAGCAAAGGAAUGUCAGGAUGUGUCGCUUAAAAAAAAAAAAAAAAAAAAAGAAAGAAAAACAAAA